AUGUCUAACCAGACAGCGGUCUACGUGACCUACGCAAAACGCGUUGCGGCUCAAAAACGGUUGCCGUCCAAACCGGUGCAGGGCAAGAUUAGCGUCUUCAAGAAGACGGAUGAGCGCGGUCAGAACUACGUGCUGAAGGCCAGUAAGCCUUUUCGUUCGCGUGACGGCACUGAGCGGAAGGAGCUCUGGCUCAGUACGAGGGCGCUUGGGCAAGACCGUGCGCUAAAAUGCAUCCGUUUCGCCGCAAAGGGUACCAAUGAGUACGAGAAAGUUGCAAAGUGGUGCAACGAAACUAAACACGAUGCAGCUACGGUUUACGAUGAUGAAGCCGAGUCUUUCCUCGAUCCACAGGCAGAAGGCCUUGGAGGCAGCAAGAAAACUGCAGCUGCGAAGACAACAACUGCUAAGCAGCAGCCGAAGAAAAAGCCCCAAGAUAACAAGAAAAAGGACAAGAAGGCGCCUUUUCAGCACUCGCUUGAGGACGGUCCUCUGGCUGAUGACAGCCAAACCGGUAAUGCCACUGCGCUCGAUGGCGCAAUCCAAGCAUCCGGGCUUGGAGGCAGCAGCAACAUCGAUGAACAACCUGCCUUGGAGGCAGAGUCACAGAUCAAGACUGGCGAUCUUCUCGACGAUGAUCCUUUUGGACAUGAUCCUUUUGGACAUGAUCCUUUUGGUGGCGAUCCUAUUGCCGAAUCGGUUGCGGACGUUCUUCAGCGUGAUCUCGGUGACGGAGAAAUCGUUGCCCGAGACAACGGCACGCUGCCAGACUGUCUUCUGGUAGACUUGCCUUCCAUGGACAUCGAUGUCGAGGAUUUCCGCAAGGAACAGAUGCGGGAAUUUCAAAAGAAAAAGGCUCGAAGUGUUGUUGUGGCUGGUGGUUUGUGCACGAAAUUUAUUCUCGAAGACGAGACUGAACCACGACAAGUUAUUCUUGUACCUACGAAAUACCGAACGCAGAUCAUCAAGCACUUCCACGAGGACGUGUUGGACGGUUGCCAUAGCGGCAGGAAAGAAACCUUGGCAAAGGUUCGUCGCAAUUUUACGUGGGUCGGUUGCGCACGCCAGGCACGUGCGUUUGUGCGGGCUUGUCGAGUUUGCGCACAAGCAAAGGUACGACGUGGCCUUGUUACAUUUCCGCAGAAGUUUAGCGUCACGACUAUGCCGCUUCAGGUCUGGGAGAUCGACUUUGUCGGACCUUUGCAGCCAAGCGGGAAGGCAGGCUUUUGCUACGUUUUCACUAUCAUCGAUCUUCUUUCAGGAUGGGUAGUCCUCGAGCCUACGAUUACGAAAGAAGCAGCUGAAGUUGCAGAAGUUCUGCACGCGCGUGUCAUCUGUACGUAUGGCCGCUUUCACACGUUGCGCAGCGACCGAGGAUCGGAAUUCAUAGCUGCGGUUAUGGUCGCUUUAGCUUCCAUUUUUGCGCACAAGCACAUCAAAGGAUGUGCAUACAACCCUACAAGCCAGAGUGAGGCUGAACGUAUGCGCAGGGUGCUUAGCGAUUUCCUUCGGGCCUACAUCAUCGACAAUUUGAGUCGACGAGCGAACUGGGCGUUGCUAAUUCCGGCGGCGGCUUGGGCGUUUCGCACGCAUCCUCAGUCCGGCAAGCUCGGACGAUCGCUUUUCGAACUUGUGCACGGUUUUCGGCCGGCUACCUUGGUCAACCUACCGAAGGUCGCGUCUCCGGAUUUCUUCCACCAGUUUUGGGUCAAGCGCCUCGACGACAUGCGCGAGAUCCAAGAGGAGACUGCAGAGAAACAACAGGAGGUCCAAGAAGCUUACGCUGAUGCGACCGCUGCGCCGAAGGUUAAGAUCGGGGACAUCGUCUAUGUCCGAUUGGAGAAGCUGCGAGCCGGUAUCACCUAUCGCCUACAGGCUUUGGCCUCUGGUCCGUUUGACGUGAUCGACGUUUACGGCUCUGCGGUUUUGUUGAAGCAUCAGAUCGACAGUACGAGCUUCAAGUGCAACAUCAAGCGCAUUAUCCCCAUCGAAGACUACGCCUACGAAUCGUAAAAUAGCGGCUCGACGACAGCUAGCUCAGGGGCUAGACUGUUUUUAACGUGGUUUACCUAUGUUUACGUCUACGUCUACGUUUGCGUUCUGGUUUACCUACCUUGGGGAGAAUACAGACGACAGGAGUCUAAUCUAGUGUUUUUUAGCAGCAGAGACUGCCUUGCACAACUUUCACGAAGUAACUUUCUGUACAAUUUUUACGACUUCAACUACAAACUUGGGGCAUGGCGCUGAUUUACACAGUUUAACUAGAAAAAGGAUUUCUGUUUUUCUUCAUGCAUAUCUUGGGCAGUUCCGAAAGACUGUUGUUAAAAAUAAGGCUUUACAUGAUAGCUUAGGAAGAGCAUUUAAGUUUUCAAAAGUAUAGUUGAAGAAGACCUCUUACUUUGAAGGCCAUCGAGUUAAACUUCGUUGGCGUAGUUAAAAAACUUUUAAGCACAAAAAACAAAAAGAAAAAAUAUAAAACAAAAUAAAAAUAGCAUAACCUAAAUAAAAACUCUACGUACAUGCUCACAUACUUGGGAAAGCAGUUUGUACAGUUUACGGGAAUCAAAGAAGGGCUGACUAUUUACGUUCUAGUCAGGAUAGUAGAAACAACUUAGAGUAGGUUCAAAAAACCCGACGAACAACUACACGAAAAGAGGAGGCAGCAUCCACCACAAAAGAACAGUAAGCACCUUACAGCUAGAACCUUACUUCCCUUUGUAGAAUAGUUCCCAUUCGUGCAGUUUGGGAGGCAGGGUUGUUAGUGGCCAAGCUGCGUGUUCUAGUCUUUGUUUGAAAGUAAUGUAAGGUGUGUGCCUGCCUCUACACGUCUGUCCAUCUAUUUCGGUAAAGUUUGUUAUUCUCUUUGUUUCACUUCUUUGUUUGCACGGAAAGGAAAUGAAAGGAUAUAAGAACCUUACACGAGCGUGCUCAAAUUAGCACUAGUCCCACAACGAGAGCAAAGCAAACAGCUUUGAAAAGUGUGAAAGUGUUUUUGUGAUGAAAGAAAGGAUGAGUGACUUAGUUGACUGAAGUCCAACAAACAAGCCAUCAUCUUCAUCAUCGUGCUGCUUCUUCCCACUAUGGCUUAGCGCCUUAGUAUACCAAUAU